AUGAAUGGUUCUAACGAAACAUGGUCCAAUGCUCGACAAUAUUGUUAUAAUGAUUCGUCUUUAUUGUCAGUCAAUGAGACUGUAACAAAUUUUACUACUCAUCUUAUUGCACUUGAACAUGUUACAGAAAAAACAUCAUUAUAUUACUGGAUGAAAGCUUAUGAUAUUAAAACUCAAUUUUGGAUUGAUGGUAACGUUUUCGCAUCAUCAUGGAGUUGGUCAAAUCAAUCAAUAACAUGGUUUUUUGAAGCAAAUGAACGUGCAGUAACAGGCAAUUUAUCGAAUUAUAAACUUAUUUAUGAUCCAGAUCAAACAACUUAUCAAAUAGCUGAUGAGGUUGAAAACAAAUUAUUGAAUUUCAUUUGUGAAUAUCAAGUACCAUGUAACGAAAGUAAUUUAUGUCAAAAUAAUGCAUUAUGUUAUAUGAAUGUUGGAAGAGAAAUUUGUAUUUGUGCAUCAGGAUUUACUGGACAAUAUUGUGACACUGAAAUUAAUGAAUGUUUAUCAUCACCAUGUUUACAUGGUGGAAUCUGUGCAGAUGGUUUAGAUAAUUAUACAUGUAAUUGUUCUGAUAUAUUUUAUACUGGAUCAAAUUGUGAAAUAUCACUUGAUGAUCCAACACAAAAUCAACGUUCAGCUGCAUUUUGGUCUGUUCUUGGUGUUGUAACUGGAUUGGUAGUCAUUUUAACAUUAUCUGAUUUACCUUGGGAAGAUAUUAUAAAUACUAUUGGAUGUAAAUGUUAUCGUUUAAAAUGUUGUUCGAAACAAAACGAUGAUGAAAAUAAUAAUGAAAAGGAUCUUCAUUCAUCAGAUUCAUCUAUAAAUGAUCAUAAUUUACGAAUAGAAAACAUGUCAACAUCUGAUGGAACACAAACAUCAAACGGAAUGAAUUAUCAUGUUAUGAAUACAGUGUGGAAUCCUGAACAUAUACAUAAUCAAACAUCAUUAAAUUUUCAAAAUAAUAGAUAUCGUACACCAGAUCAAAGUACAACACCUGAUAAUGUACUUAUACAAUCAUUUACUGCUGCAACUCUAGCUAAACAAAAACAAAAAGAAUUAGAUGAUAAACGUAUUUAUGCUGUUGAUAUAAAUGAAUCAACAAAUUCAACAUCGAAAACAAACGAUCCUGUUAAUACAAUGGUUAAUUGGACACAACAAUUACAAGAACAAUUACGAAAUAAAAAAGUUCGUGAAACGAGUGCUAGUUCAACUAAACAAUUAAUUCAUGCAUCAAAUAUAAGUGACUGUUAA